ACAGGCUAACCCGAGCAGGGCACGGCUCGCAGCUGACAGUGCACCCGGCAACGAAGCGUCAAGAUUCGACGAUGAGCCAGGAGGAGAAGCCGAGGAGGCCGGAGCUGGACGGCGGCGGCAGCGCGGUCCGCUACGGCGACGUGUUCGCGGUUGGAGGGGAGCUAGCCGGACAACCUAUCGCGCCUCAGGACGCGGCCAUGAUGCAGGCAGCGGAGAACGCCGUGCUCGGGUGCGCGCACAUGGGCCAGGCGGCCUCCGUUAUGCAGUCCGCAGCCAGGCGCAAUGAGCACCUCGGCGUCGUGGCCCACGACGAGACCACCGACGCCGCCGCCGAGCAAGGUGUCGCCGUCUCCGAGGCGCGCGUGCCCGGCGGCCGCGUCAUCACAGAGUUCGUCGCAAACCAGCCUGUGGGGCACUACAUUGCAGCGGAUAAAAACGUCGUGGUCGGCGCGGCAGCAGCAGUGGGAGAAGGUGGCGGAGGCGGAGGAGUGGUGGACGGGACGAAGAUAACCAUCGGCGAGGCGCUGGAGGCGACCGCGUUCUCGGCGGGCGACCAGCCGGUGGAGCCGAGCGACGCGGCGGCGAUCGCAGCGGCCGAGAUGCGCGCGACCGGGCUGGAUGAAGCGCCGCCGGGCGGCCUCUCUGCGCAGGCGCGCGCGGCCGCGGACGCCAACGCCCUGGCGGAGCGCGACGCGGACAAGACGACACUCCGCGACGUCCUCGCGGACGCGACAGUGAGGCUGGGCGCGGACAAGGAGGUGGAGCCGGAGGACGCGGCGCGGGUGGUGGGCGCGGAGGUGGGCAGCGCUCCCGACGCGACGGCGCGGCCUGGCGGAGCGGCCGCGUCCAUCGCCGCCGCAGCGCGGCUCAACUGCGGUCGGCAGUAGGGUAGGUUCCCGUCCAUGUCGUCCGUCGCCCGACGAGGCACGCUAGUUACUUUUUGCAGCGUGUGUCAGCGUCCGGAUACUUGGCGCGCAUGUGUGUACGGAUUAUAACAUCUCUCGUACCCGUAGUGUAUCUUGGUGCAUAGACCGGAAUAUUAUUUUAAUUUUAGAAUAAAACUUGCGUUAUCUGCUCUUAUA